AAUCCUUUAAAUUUGCAGUAGCUACUUUCAUAUUUAAUGGAUAUUUCCUGUUUGCAUUCUAAAAAUUGUAACUUGUUCAUAGUAAAUCUUUCUAAACUGCGCCAUUUCAAAAGUCAUUUUUCUUACAUGAUUCUUACAAUAUGCUAAUGACGCCAGUACUUACAUAACGCUUCAGCCAAUAACUAAACCUGCGGGACAAUACUUUUAGGAAUCGCUUAGAAUGAAAUUAUAAGUCAGAAAUAUAAUUCAGAAUGGAAAUUAUAAUUCAGAAUGGAAACUUGGCAUUCUUGCUCCCGCUUUCUCUCUUGUCAGCAUAUCACCGCUUACAUCUCAUUCUUCAAUUGUAAUGUCAAGCAUUGUUUUUGUCAAGCCAUGAUUGUUACUACAUCUUCAUACAUAUCCAUCACCAACAUCUAAAUUAUUACACAUACAUACAGAGAUAGCUAGAUAGAUCUAUAUAUAAGUUAUUACACACAUGUGUACAUUAUGUGUAUGCAUAGAUAGAUAGGUAGACAAAUAUAAUCAUAUUAUAUUAUUUGAUCUCAAUUAGAAUGCUGGCAAGUAUAAUUUUAUAAUGUCUAAAAGAGAUAAAGUAAAAAAUAAUUUUCAGACUAGAGAUUCAUUAUUUUAUUUUUGUGUUAGAAUGACAAAAUAUGUUCAGUGACCAAGUUUUGUAAUUUUAUAAAAUGUGCUGUCUUUUCAUUUUUCUGAAUAUUUGUUACAAAGUUUCAACAUGCUUUUGUUCAUUUCCAUUACAGACACUUCUUGACCUUGGUGCAUCACCAAAUUAUAAAGAUAGUAAAGGUUUAACACCCUUAUAUUAUACUUUACUACAUGCAAGUGACCAUCAGCUUGCUGAACUUCUUCUGCAUGACCAUGCAUUUAUUGGAACUUGCGAUCCUCAAGGGUGGCAAGAAGUGCAUCAGGCCUGUAAGCAUGGAUUGGUUCAGCAUCUUGAGCAUUUACUUUUUUACGGCGCUGAUAUGAAUGCCCGUAAUGCAAGUGGAAAUACACCCUUACAUGUCUGUGCUGUAAAUGAUCAAGAAAGCUGUGCACGAGUACUUCUAUUUAGAGGUGCAGAUAAAAAUGCAUUGAAUUUUGCAAAUCAAAACCCUUAUCAAGUUGCUGUUAUAGCUGGCAAUCUUAAUCUAGGUGAACUUAUCCGAAACCACAAUCCUGAAGAUGUUGUGCCAUAUCGGGAAAUGCCAAGAUAUAAUCCAAGAAGAAGAGCUAGUAUUGCACCUGUAUCUACACUAAGUCGAACCCAUAGUGAUCCUCGCCUUGAUUUGAAUCUUGGGAUGAAGCCACCAUCGCCAUGUCCUUCAAAUUGUUCCUUGCCUCCAUUUUCUUCUAUUUCAUGCAUUUCCGAUGCCUCUACCGGUUCAUCCUCUACUUGCACUCAGCCAAGUGGAGAAGAUAGUGAAGACACAGCUUCAGGAAGUGUUGUAACAGAAAAAAGUGUAACAAGUGAUUCAUCCGGUGUGUGUACUAGCAACAGUGCUGCAAGCUAUGAAUCUGGUCCAGAGCAUCAUGGUACUAAUGAUUCCUUUCUUCCUGGUAGCACAUGUUUAUGUGUAACAGAUUACAGUUCUUUAGUUCCUGGCCAUCUACAACUGUCAAAUGGUGAUAUUGUUGAAAUUAUCAGUGAAGCUGAGGAUGGCUUGUUGCUGGGCAGAACAGAUACUGGACAAGUUGGGCUUUUUCCUGCAACAUGUGUUCAAGAAAUGACUCCAAGAAGUUUUGACCCUUCUCAAGCGUCUGAUUAUCCGAGAGUGGAAGGUAGGAGGGAGAGGUGUGCUAAACGCAUCAGUACUAUUCCAAGAAGGUGGAAAACAUUUGGAGAACCCCGUACUGUUAUAUUGCACAAAGGAAAGAAAGGUUUCGGAUUUGUAUUACGAGGUGCCAAAGCUUCAAGUCCAUUGAUGGAGCGAGAAACCAAUGACGUAUGGCCUAGUCAGUAUCUGGAAGAUGUUGGAAAAGGCGGUGUUGCAGACUUGGCUGGUUUGAAGAAAGGAGAUUACUUGUUAGAGAUUAAUGGUCAGGAUGUUUCACAAGCAUCCCAUGAACAUGUUGUUUCUAUCAUUCAGCAGUCCGGAAAUUUAGUUGCUAUGACUGUCAUCACUGCACGCAAUCCUCCUUUUGGAACUUCCACUGAUAAUCCUUCACUUCCAUAUCGGCAGUGUGCUACAUUACCUCGUAAAUUCAUUUGUAAAAAAGCUCCAGCUCCACCAAAGAGAGACCCAAAGACGACCUUAUCUGUGGGAAGGGUUAGAGCAAGAUCAAUGGUAGCAGGAUUAGCAGAAAUAGAAACACUCGACAGGACAUUGUGCGAAUAUGAUUCUGAAGGCAGAUCAACAAAAAGUAGCUCUGUAGAAAGUAUUCCCAACAAAACAGGGUUGAAAAUGUCUGAUUGUCACUUGACGAAAACUGCGUCAAUUAAAGCUAGACCUAGCUCACAGAGAGUAUCUGCUGCAGAGUUAGAACAAUUUUUUGCUCGCCAGGGCUCAAAAAGGCAUAUGCGUAGCUACACUCUAAAUAACAGACCAAGAUUAGGAAGCCGUCCACCUAAAGUCUAUGGAAGUGUAGCUGAAAUGAAACGGUCAAAAGCAUCUAGAUCAAAGCUGACGGAAACAACAAUGAAAGUUCACAAAGACUUUUUUAGUACACCUGAUCUAAAAGAAAUUCCUACUGCAACAAAUAAUCAAAAUUUUCGGAAAAGAAGUCAUAGUCAAGAAGAUGUACAUAAUAUUCAGAGAAGCAGGCAUUCAUGGGCUUGUACAUCAAAUGGUUAUAAUAGUUAUCUCGGUUUAUGCGAAAAUGAAGAUUACAGCUUGAACUACAACGAGGCAUGGAAAUCCAUUGAAGAUGUUUAUGAUAGCACAGUCCCUGUUGAAGUAGGAGAUACAAACUCUGAUAUAUAUGCGCAAACUUUACCACUAACUAAGAAAGAAAAAGUACUGAGAGCCAGUUGUCCACCUCCUUCUCAUCCACCUCCUCCACCACCUGUUGGACAAGUAGUCAAAGUUGAUGUUUCUAAGUCCUUGGGUGAUUAUGCUAAUGUAAAUAUCAUGGAUGAUGAAAGAAACUCUAAUGUGAUGUCAAGUUUCCGUCCAGGAGACAGUGCCAAAUUAUAUGCAUCCCCUGAAGUGGUAAUGAGUGUAGGUUAUAAAUCAGAUACUGUGAGUACACCUAAAGACACUUUACAGCCUAGACGUGCUGGAGGGGGAUCUAGUCUUAGGUCUCAGUCUCUUCCUCCCAAAAUACCUGGAAGUAAGUCUGACCGAGGAAGUACCACUUCUUCGGAAGCAGAAAAUAGUGGUGAUUCCGGUGGUUUGUAUUCCACAUUUAAGAAAACCAGCCGACAGAGAGAUUCUAUGUCAACUGAUAGUGGUCAUGUUUCAGACAGGGGAGCAUUUUGGUCUUUAAAAGGAAAGUCUGCUGUAACUAGUGCCUAUGCUUCAAAGUUUGAUUUUGAAGACUCAGACGCUGGUAGUCCUCAAAAUUAUCCUACUGUCAGAACUCCAAGUCAUGAACCCUUUAUUCCUGAGCCUGAUUAUGAGAGCAGUGAGGAUGAUUUUAUUCCAACAUCAGUAGAUAAAGGUGCUAGCCUUUCUACAUUUGGAAAAGGUGACAUUUCAGGCCAAGAAGAAAAACUUCCUUGUCAGUCUAGCUCUUGUGACAAAGAACAAGUGCAGUCUGAAACAAAUUUACCUCUUACUCCUCAUACAGAAGCCAAAAGAGCGAUACAAGAAGCUAGAGAAAGGCUUAGGUUUUCGCAGAAACCAAUUGAUAAAAAUGCCACGGUUGUUUUUAUAAGUGGUAAAAUAACCGAACAUAAAGUAGAAAAAAGUGAAAUACAGCUACAUAGAACUGAGGAAGGAAGGUUAACAGGUACUGUAGUCAUAUCAACCACAAACGAACCGCAGGAUUCAUGCUAUUUAUCAUCUUCUAUUCUAAAGUCAUUUGAAAACGAAAAAUGUGUUAUCCCUCGCUAUCCCAGCCGAGAUGCUCCUGCUUCUGAAUAUGCAAAAUACAGACAACAGAUUCUUAGUGGUAUGAAUCAAACUAUGGGCUCCGUGGCAGAAAGUGUUUCUGCAGUUCCAGAACAUGAUCAAAAGGAUAAUAAAGAUGUAGAUGUCUGUGUGUCUACUGUAACUGAAACUGCAGAUACUGAAAAAAGUACAAAGAGUAGCUCAGCUGAUGGAUUAAAAAUUACAUUAACAGGAUCUCAAAAGUGCCCUUCUGAAAGUAAAAGUAAUGUGACCUCAAGAAAAGAAGUGGAAAAGCAAAAUUCUUCUAAAAAUAAUAAUAUGGAACAUAGUUCUGUUGAAAUAGCAUCAGUUACAGAUAUUCAAACUGACCAAAUUAUUUUGUCCAGUUCAGUAGGGGAUGAGAAUAAAGCUGAAGCAACUGUGCAGUUGUCUUCUGAAACAGAUAAAAGAUAUGUGAAUCAAGAUACUCAAAUCAAAGAGAACAAACCGUCCUGAAAAAGUACACGAUUUAAAUAAUGAAGAACUGUCAAAAUUUUCCUCUCAAGUUGAAGCUUGGAACAAGAAGAAUUUAAAGAGUAAUGUUGAAUCAAUGCCUAACGACUUGCUUGGUACACAGAAGAUUCACAUGGAAGCCAAAUCAAAUGUUUCUCAGGAUAAUAAAACUUUACUUAAUGAAUCUUGCAUUAAUGUGAUCAAAAGUGCUCAAAAACGGGAAGAAAGAAAUGUACCACUCUGUUCUUCAGACAAAGUAGUGAAAAAUAUUACGGACACAAAGAAAGCCCAAAGCUCAAGUGAGAGCAGCUUAGAUGAAAGUUUAGAAGUUCUUAGGUUACAAGUGAAUUCCCUUGGCUUAGCAGCAGUAAAUGAAGUGGAUGUGUUUACUGAACUAGUUCCUCCUCCACCUGAAUUUGCCGCUUCUUCAGAAAAUGCAGUUUCUAAAAGGGAGGCUUCUUAUUCAGCAUCUGAAAUUGCCAUAGCUCCACCACCUGAAUUUUCUGAUAAUUCACCCCACUCAAGAAAUCGAGUUUCUCAACGCAUGCCAUCAAAUCAUUAUCAAAGAAAAAACUACCCGUUAACUUGUCAUCAUGAUUCAUCGUCAAACUCAGUUGACCUAACGUUUUUGGCAUCUUUGGGAAACAAAUCACCAAAAAUUGUACAGAUGAUGAGAGCUGAUAAAAAAUGUAAUUUAGGAAGUAGUAGUGGAACCAUAAAUGUACAUUCACCAUGCACAAGUGGCCUCAGGCAUUUACCUUCGAAAAACAUUUCAGAGCAUGCAUUUCUACACGAAAGUUCUAGCGGUGAACUGUCUCGCUUGAAAUCUGUGCAAAAAGAAUUCCGGUUCAAAUUGUUACAAGAAUGGACUGCUAAUGACAUUGCAGACUGGUUGGAUAGUUUGUUUCUUCCUGAAUACAAACAGCGUUUUUCAGAAGCUGGUAUUACAGGGGCUAAGUUAGCAAAUAUGGACAGUAAUGAUUUAAUGGGAUUAGGGGUUAAACAGAUGGGACAUAGACUGAACAUGGAAAGGUCUCUAAAGAGGUAUUUGAAAUAAAUAGAUAAUUUAGUGUACAAAGAACAUUAGUAGUUAUCGCAUUAGCUGGAUUUUGCUGUCACAAAUGGAAAUGAAUACAAGAAUAAAUAAAAAUAGUUUUAUGGUCAAUUAAAAUUCUAUAUAGCAUACCAAUCUCUCAAUAUUGUUACCAGCAGCUGAUAAUAUAUCUUUAAAGCAAUUUGUAUUUUCCUUGGUGCAGACAGAUAGUUGCAUGAUGUAAGAAUUAUUUUAAACUAUAGCUGUUCUUUCUUUAAGCAGUCCAGCUUGAAUGAAACUAGAAAGCCAAUUACUCAUAAGUGCUGUAUUUAUUGGAACAGUCAUUUCUGAAAGGGCACCAUAUUUCUAUCAGAAAGGACUUGGUGUUCGUUAGAUCUGAUGUAUAAUUUAGAGAAAGGGGUAAUUGCAAAAGGCACAAUGUAUCUGACAUUAUAUCUGAAUAUAAUGAAUAUGAAUAUAUUAUAAGAUAUUUGUCCUUUUAAAAAUGAUUCGAUUGUAGAGAAAAUAUUAUUGAUAAUUCCAAUGUUGCCAGCUGCAUAUUUUAAUUUGUAUAAAGUAUUUAUUAUUCUCAUUACUGAUUACUUUAUUUGAAAUCUGUUGUGUCUGAAUAUUUUCAAAAAAAAAAAAAAAAAAAAAAAAAAAAAAAACGCACACUAACAGUUCAUGAAAACUGUGUAGUAGAAUAUUAUAAAUAUAUUUAAACUGCAAGCCGUUAAUGACUUAAAUGCAUUACUUAAGGAUAGUUCUGCAUCUUAAAAUAAUAUAUACGACUGAAGUGCAAUAAUUUUUAAAAACCCUGUUAUAUUCUAUUAAAUUCGUUCUAUAUAAAAGAAUAAAUUACUAAAAUAUUUUAUAAUUAUUGUUAUUAAGUGAAACAGUAUUCUGUGAAUAUGCCAGUGAUUCGUUGAUAGUUGUUGAAUACAUAGUAAUUUCAAGUUUUCUAAUUUCAAUUUGAUGUUGAAGCUGUGUAAAAUGUAUAGGAAUAUCUAAUUUUCUGUAAAAUAAAUAAAUAUAUAUAUAUA